AUGGUUGUUCGUUACACCCAUAUUGCUAUUACUGCCAAAUGGGGCGAAAUCUUGAAGAUUUUUAUAAUUACUAAUAAAAGGAAUUUCGGCCUCAUCAGCCUCCAAAUCCUCGAAACUGUUGUUCAAACCCAAGUUGUCAGUAAUGUCAAUUGGGACGGAAUACUGUGGAUUCUCAUUAUUACGGAUACUCUAAGAUCGCUCACUGGCACUGAUACCACUUCUCGUCGUAGAAGUUUCUUCAUUGGAGUCUUGUCCGGUGGAACUUCUUGUAUUCUUCCUGGGAGUGGAGUAAGCCAUAUUAAGAUUUAA